AUGACUUCGGCCACAAUCGACCUGAAAGGCGUUGGAAAGUCGGCCUUCCUUGACACUUUCAUCGCUUCUCUUGCUAACGUGCAGACGAAUGAGGACCUCGAAGAAUCCAUCACAGCACCCACCCUCAACCACCCUUCUUCUCUCGACCUCUCAACAUUAUCUCUUCCCGCCACUCGAGUAACGACAACGCCCGUUUUGAUGCCAGGAGAGGACGCCAAAAAGUCCUUUGCAACGGACCCCUUGGAUCUUUUGCCUCCCAAGGUUCAGACUCCUGCUCGAGAUGUGUCCUUCAUCACCCUCCCUGGAUAUUCCUCGACAACCAACCCUUCGACCACACUCACCCUCACCGACGAUUACCUGAACCACCACUUGCGCACGGUGACGUCCAUCUUUUCACACUCGAUCCCCAACGCACAACUGGCAUGGUUCUUGAUCACUGGCUCGCAAGUCCACGCCAUCCCGACCUGCGCCUUUUAUUUUGUCCUUUACGAACUCAAGCCAAUCGACAUUAUCUACAUGAAGCUCAUCCAUGAGCGUGUCAACUUGGUGCCUGUCAUUACAAAGUCCGACUCACUUUCGCAACGAGAGCUCUGGGUGCUCAAACGACGAAUGAUCCGUCAGCUUAAACUGCACGGUAUCCAGUUUCACACCUUUGGUCUUGGCCGCGAGACUGUCGAGCGGAUGGCUGAACAACACCAGUGGGGCGCCCCGCCAUUUGCGGUCAGUACUCGAUCGGAUGCAGACGGGCAACUCUUGGAAAGCGAGCUCCCUCAGCUCAUCCGCAUGUGCCUUUACGAUCGCUUCCGAUACUCACAGGAGGAAGCAGCCCAAAAGGUGAUUGCAUGGAAGAGCGCCCUUCCCGUAUUGGACCCCCCUGGAUUGGCAUCUGUCGAGCACAUCUGGAGCACUCAGACGUUUGAAAUCGGCGGGGUAAUUGCCCAUGAGCAACCUACCAGACCUUUACCCUUCGAGGAUACACGACCAACAGAGAUUGUUCAAACGAUCCCUCCACCUCCUCCAGUAAACUUUGUUGUGGAAGCUUCAGGAUUCCCCUCGCUCGGUUCAGCCUCGGCAACAUCACCCAAAGCAAUGUUCAGCCAUGUGAUCGGGACACCUCUUACGGACGAUGGUGGCUACAUUUCUCCGGGAUCCUUCCAGAACCAGCCUCUUGUUCCUGUGAAUGGAGCGUUCUUCCCAACUAUGGCGUACUCACCCGAUUCAUCCGCUGCUGCAUCUCAAGUACGGUUGUCGCUGAUCCACCAAUCGACUGGCAUGGCCGUUGACAGUUCGACUCGUCCGAACGAGAUCAUGGAUGAAAACACUGUGAAUACUGUUCAUACCCAAGUGGGGUCGUUCUUGGAUGCCUUUGGCCAGCCAGUACAUGAGACUUCGAUCAAGGUUCCCGUCCCUUCGAGCACAACAACUUCCAUUCCGACCAAUGGAUACAGCCCAGGAGCCAACACAGAUAUCACCCUUCAACAACAGCUGGCUGCAUCGCUAAUCUUACCAGGAGGGUUCCAGGCGCCUGGCACCUAUCUUGUGCCACAGCCCUUUCCCAAUACAAUGGUGCCCUUGGACACAUCCCUGGUCCCGAUAGAGGCCUUGCCAGAUAUUUGGGAGGCGACUGAGACUGGAGAUGUCGACACGGUUCAACGUCACCUGAACGCUGGCGCCUCACCCGACCAACGGAACGCCUCGCGAUCGACCCUUCUUCAUCGUGCGGCAUGGCAAUGUUCCAAACCAUUGGCUGUGAUGCACCUCCUGAUUUCCUACGGAGCCAACGUGAACCUCGCCAACGAAAACGGCAACACGGUGCUACAAAACUCUCUGAUGAAGCAUGACGACCCAGCGCUGAUUAAGCUGCUGCUCGACAAUGGAGCCGAGGCCGUCAUUUGCAACAAGGAGGGGAUGAACACUCUCGAGGUUUCGGCGUUGUUUAACAGAGUCGAAUGUGCAAAGUACCUGCUUGAGAAUGACCUGUCGUCGUCUGAGAUCGACAGUAUUUCUAAUGCCCUUCAGCGAGCUCGUGGACCUGACAAGAAGAACAUGAAGGCGUUGCUCAAGGGCUGGCAGGGCAAGGAGGGGGAGAGGAAGCGAGCGGAGGUGAAGGAGAGAAUUGGAGGGUCGACCACAGCACCAAAGACUCCCUCAUUGACCUCUGCCAAGGCUCAGCAGUCCCCGACCCAGAGUCAAGCAUCGACGCGCAUGAGCAUGAGCCAGCACCGCAACCAAAGUCAGUCCCAUAUCACUGAUGACACCAGCGUCCACAGCAACGACGGCGGACCCUCCAGCAAAGCCAGCUCUCUCCACCAUGAAGUCCAUGACACUGCACCAUCGUCCUCGACUACAUCGGUCCAUACAACCAUCCAGAGCAAGAGCACAGGUCGCUUCAAUCUCAAGACCAUGCGGUCAGCAGCACCAUCCAUGAGCAACCUCUUUGGCCGCAAGCAGUAG